GAGCUUUACUACUUUCUUUUGGAGCCUUCAUAACUGUCUUCGAUUAUUAUUAAACACAAAUAAGACCUAAUUAGUCUUCAUCAGUCCAAACAUGGAAAACGAGUGUCCAAAACGCCUAUUCACAGAUGGAAAUGAGCCACAAGUGGAGAAGAUAAAUAACAGCUGCAAAAUGUCUCUUCUGACCAAAAUAAAGGAAACGUUGCCAUCGGAGUAUGAUGAAGUUAAGAGAGAUCCAGUAUUCGCACAUGUCUUUGCAAUACACGAAAAUAAAAUAGUUACUGGUCUCAAGUACACUGAUGAUGGGAGCUGUGAUUAUGAGAAAUGGAAAGAUGAUAAAGGAUUUUGGAGUAAAUUGCUGAAAAGAGGUGGAGAUAUAUGCAUAAAUAAAUUGAUGACUAGCAUUGAAGAUGUUAAGAAGUGGAGGGAGAAGGACGACAGAAUUCGUUUCGUGUAUAUUUGUGUGAUAGCUGGGUUGGUCAUGGCUACGGAUGGAUUCUCAUAUGCACUUCAGAUAUGGGUGAUGGAAGCAAUUCCAGACAUUGGAACAUUGGUGGGAGAAAAGAUUAGCACUGAAUUGACUGCAGCUCCUCGAUGUUCUAAUUGGAAAGGCGCUGCAAAGGUAUCAUAUGAGGACAUCAUCUCGGUGGAGAUGUCAUUUACAUCACAUGCUGUCUUUUAUCCAUUCAUUUCUUAUUCAGGAAAUGAGUUCAUUGAUGACAAAGAAUUUGUAUGGCCUGAUGAAAUCAGAGAUGGUGAAGUGGAUAAUAUGAUUGAAAUGAUCAAAUCUGGGAAUGAUUUUGGAGACCAUGUUUGGGGAAGUGUUGUAGAUGAUAAUAUAGAAGGCGACAAUAUUGAGAAUGUGCAAGAGAAUGAUGUCGCAGAUAAGGAUGUUGCAACUGAAGACAUGAAUGAGAGGAGUAAGAAGAAACAAUCUGAUCACGGUGCAGAGACACGCAAAAAGAAGUUGCUUUGUCAACGAGCAGCAGCAGCAACACAUGGAGCUUUAAAUGACGAAAUGAAGUCCUUUCUUAAAGCAUUGUUUGAUUCUUCUUUUGAGAUGAUUAAAGCACAAUUGGGAAAACUAGAGGAUGAUAUAGCACUAGUGAAGAAAUUGGUCUCCACAUCUGCAACUGCAAGUAUCACAACGAGAUCCACAACCUCGCAACCGUCCAAUCGAACAGAUCAGCCUAGAAAAGUUGUGGAUGAAAUGACGUCUUUAGAUGAUGACUUUUUAGACUUUAGUUUUGGUACACAAGACUUCUUAGAUAAAUCCAUGGGACACUUAUCUCAACCAUCACAGCUACCCGAAUUUGAUUCCACACAAAAUUUGAAUCGCAAUAAAAUCCAGAGCCUGAUCGAAAUUGAAAGCGAAGGUAAACAUAUUCCUGACGUGGGCAAAAACGACAAGGAUGCUGUAUUGGUGUUUGUUUCUGAGGCUAGAUGGAAUGCUUUUAUGGAGUGGAAUAUGAAGCACAAAGACUUAAAUUUUGGUCCUAGUGUUAUCAAUAAAGCAUUACUCGGUCGACUCUUGAAAGCGAACGAAUGGCUUAGCAACGUGGAUAUGGAUGCUGCGAUGUAUUUAUUUCGGGAGAAAUCAUCUUUAGGGCGAUUGGACUUAGCUCGUGUUGGUUUCAUGGACUGUUCAUUUGGCAUGCGACUCAACAACGAAUACACAAAGUUUGUGAAAAAUAAACGAAGCCACCAAUGGAGUAGUUUGAUCCAAGAUUACGCCAACGGCGAGUUACCUCCUCAUGGGAGGACAAGAAAACAAUGGAGAUCAGAUUUUGACCGUAUUUACUUUCCGCUCCAUGUCAAUGGUAAUCAUUGGAUUUCUCUGUGCAUUAACUUCAUUCAAAGAACAGUUGAUAUCUUCGAUUGUGCUGGUCACAACCAUAGAAGAAAUGUGGAGGCAUUCGCAAUCACCAUCCCACGAAUUCUCAAGGAAAUUCACACAAAAUCAUAUGGGAAAAAUCUACUAUUAUCUCCAUAUACUCUCGUUCAUGUUCCGGUGCCGCCUGGCCUUAAUAAAUCACGUUGUGAUUGUGGAGUGUAUGCUCGCAAAUAUAUCGAGUGUCACUUUAUGGGGCUUCCCAUGGAUAUAUUGGACGAUGUCAACAUUAAACAUGCACGUCAGCGGAUUGCAGUUGAUCUAUGGGAAGCAGCAUCUGAUCCCGUGUUCAUUGACCGAAUGGCAAAGUAUGAACCUCCACAACUAGAUUCUGAUACAAUAGAGAUCUAGUGAGAAACAUACACUUAUUGAUUUACGAGACUUUUUUAUAUCUCAAUUCACUUUUUUGUUAAGUCACUUUCAAGUAAAUCAAAAAUUUCCAC